UUUUAUCCUCAGUCCACCACAUGAUUCCAGGAGCCUCUUCAGUCUCUGAAUUGUGGUCAACAAUUAAUGACACCUUUUAUGUGCCAGUCCCCGGGCUGGGGGCCCCAAGUAGAGUGAGCCAUUUCCCUGCCCUAGACAGUUAAGUUAGGCUUCCAGGGGGUAGAGGAGGGGAGGGCUCUGCCUAAGCUGUGCCCUCACCAGCAUCUUGGGCUUCCUGUGCCCUAGCUUUGACAGUGAGAAGGCUGGGGACCGGGAGGUGCAGAGGACAAUGCUGGAGCUUCUGAACCAGCUGGAUGGCUUCCAGCCCAACACCCAAGUUAAGGUAAUUGCAGCCACAAACAGGGUGGACAUUCUGGACCCCGCCCUGCUCCGCUCGGGGCGCCUGGACCGCAAGAUCGAGUUCCCAAUGCCCAACGAGGAGGCCCGAGCCAGAAUCAUGCAGAUCCACUCCCGAAAGAUGAACGUCAGUCCUGACGUGAACUAUGAGGAGCUGGCCCGCUGCACAGAUGACUUCAACGGGGCCCAGUGCAAGGCUGUGUGUGUGGAAGCGGGCAUGAUUGCACUGCGCAGGGGUGCCACGGAGCUCACCCACGAGGACUACAUGGAAGGCAUCCUGGAGGUGCAGGCCAAGAAGAAAGCCAACCUGCAGUACUACGCCUAGGGCGCGCCGGCUGGCCCCGGUCUCACGGCUGAAGUGCGCAAUAAAAGAUGGUUUAGGGUCCCUGCCA